AUGGACUGCAGCCUCCUCCGGACGCUAAUCAACAGAUACUGUGCCGGAGAAGAGAACUGGGUGGACAGUCGGACCAUCUAUGUGGGACACAAGGAGCCGCCGCCAGGUGCCGAGGGCUACAUUCCACAGAGAUACCCAGAUAACAGAAUCGUCUCUUCCAAGUACACAUUUUGGAACUUCAUACCCAAGAACUUAUUUGAACAAUUCAGAAGAAUAGCCAACUUUUAUUUUCUUAUCAUAUUUCUGGUACAGUUGAUUAUUGAUACACCCACAAGUCCUGUAACAAGUGGGCUUCCGCUAUUCUUUGUCAUUACUGUCACAGCUAUCAAACAGGUGGGUGACAUCGUGAUGGUCAAGGAGAAUGAGACCUUUCCUUGUGACUUGAUAUUCCUUUCCAGCAACCGGGGAGAUGGGACCUGCCAUGUUACGACUGCCAGCUUAGAUGGAGAGUCAAGUCAUAAAACUCAUUAUGCAGUUCAAGACACCAAGGGGUUUCACACUGAAGGAGACAUCGAUGGGCUACAUGCUACAAUUGAAUGUGAGCAGCCUCAGCCCGACCUCUACAAAUUUGUUGGUCGCAUAAAUGUUUACAAUGAUCUAAAUGACCCUGUGGUAAGGCCAUUAGGAUCCGAAAACUUGCUUCUCAGAGGAGCCACGCUAAAGAACACGGAAAAGAUCUUUGGAGUUGCUAUUUAUACUGGCAUGGAAACCAAGAUGGCAUUAAAUUAUCAAUCAAAAUCCCAGAAACGGUCUGCUGUAGAGAAAUCAAUGAAUGUAUUCCUCAUUGUGUACCUCUGUAUUCUAAUCAGUAAAGCACUGAUAAACACUGUUCUGAAAUAUGUGUGGCAGAGUGAACCAUUUCGAGAUGAACCAUGGUAUAAUCAGAAAACGGAAUCAGAAAGACAGAGGAACCUGUUUCUCCGAGCGUUCACUGAUUUUCUGGCAUUCAUGGUCCUCUUUAACUACAUUAUCCCAGUGUCCAUGUAUGUCACAGUCGAAAUGCAGAAAUUUCUCGGCUCUUAUUUCAUCACCUGGGAUGAAGACAUGUUUGAUGAAGAAACAGGGGAAGGGCCUCUGGUUAAUACCUCGGAUUUAAAUGAAGAAUUAGGACAGGUGAUUGAUAAGCUCCUGACGUUCCUGAGAUUGGGGUCUUUAGACUCUGAGGAGUUCCAGGAGGAGGAGGAGGGCUUGCUGUUUGAAUUGCUGGAAGUUUUGAGUUUUGACUCAGUAAGAAGGAGAAUGAGUGUGAUUGUAAAAUCUGCCACAGGAGAAAUUUAUCUGUUUUGCAAAGGAGCGGAUUCUUCGAUAUUUCCCAGAGUAAUCGAAGGCAAAGUUGACCCAAUACGGUCCAGAGUGGAGCGCAAUGCGGUGGAGGGACUUCGAACCUUGUGCGUUGCCUACAAAAGACUCAUUCCAGAAGAAUACGAAGGUGUCUGUAAGCUGCUGCAGGCUGCUAAAGUGGCGCUUCAAGACCGAGAAAAAAAACUAGCAGAAGCAUAUGAGCAAAUUGAGAAAGAUCUUAUUCUGCUCGGUGCUACAGCUGUUGAGGAUCGGCUGCAGGAGAAGGCUGCCGAUACCAUCGAGGCUCUACAGAAAGCGGGCAUCAAGGUCUGGGUCCUAACAGGAGACAAAAUGGAGACGGCCGCAGCCACCUGCUACGCCUGCAAGCUGUUCAGAAGAAACACACAACUGCUUGAGUUAACCACCAAGAAAAUCGAAGAGCAGAGUCUACACGACGUCCUGUUUGAGCUGAGCAAGACCGUUCUACGCUACAGCGGCAGCCUAACCAGAGACAACUUCUCAGGACUUUCAACGGAGAUGCAAGACUACGGUUUAAUUAUUGAUGGAGCUGCAUUGUCUUUAAUAAUGAAACCUCGUGAAGCGGGGAGUUCUGGCAACUACAGAGAGCUCUUUCUUGACAUCUGCCGAAACUGCAGCGCUGUUCUCUGCUGUCGAAUGGCACCUUUGCAGAAGGCCCAGAUUGUUAAAUUAAUUAAAUUUUCAAAAGAACACCCUAUUACGUUAGCAAUUGGCGAUGGUGCGAAUGAUGUCAGCAUGAUCCUGGAAGCCCAUGUCGGCAUCGGUGUCAUUGGAAAGGAAGGUCGUCAGGCUGCAAGGAACAGUGACUAUGCAAUACCGAAAUUCAAGCACUUAAAGAAGAUGCUGCUUGUUCAUGGGCAUUUUUAUUACAUUCGGAUAUCUGAGCUUGUGCAAUACUUCUUUUAUAAGAAUGUCUGCUUCAUUUUCCCUCAGUUUUUAUACCAAUUCUUCUGUGGAUUUUCACAACAGACUUUAUAUGAUACUGCGUAUCUGACACUGUACAAUAUCAGUUUUACUUCCCUCCCGAUUCUCUUGUACAGUCUGAUGGAACAGCAUGUCAGUAUAGAUUUGCUCAAGAGAGACCCUUCACUGUACAGAGAUAUUGCCAAGAACGCUCUACUCCGCUGGCGAGUGUUCAUUUAUUGGACAUUCUUAGGAGUAUUUGAUGCUCUGGUAUUUUUCUUUGGUGCUUAUUUCAUGUUUGAAAAUACUACAGUAACCAGCAAUGGACAGAUCUUUGGAAACUGGACCUUCGGAACGCUGGUGUUCACGGUGAUGGUCUUCACAGUCACCCUCAAGCUUGCAUUAGAUACACACUACUGGACUUGGAUAAACCACUUCGUCAUCUGGGGUUCACUGCUAUUCUACAUUGCCUUUUCCCUGCUCUGGGGAGGAAUUAUCUGGCCGUUCCUCAGCUACCAAAGGAUGUACUACGUGUUUAUCCAGAUGUUGUCUAGCGGCCCCGCAUGGCUGAGCAUCAUCCUGCUGAUCACUGUGAGCCUCCUUCCUGAUGUUCUCAAAAAAGUCUUAUGUCGGCAGCUGUGGCCCACCGCAACAGAGAGAAUACAGAAUACAUCCAGGCAGUGUCAGGACUGUGUUUCCGAAUUCACCCCUAUUGCCUCUCUACAGAUCCCACGCUAUCAGAGCAAUGAACUCACUCACCCCUCGGCCACCAGGUCUAGUUCACACUCUGAAAAAGUGAUGGUAACCUUCUGGAAUGGCAGGGAGCCUCUGGUGCUCCCACCCAUGAUUGAUCUUUCAAAUAACUGUUGCAAUUCCAGUUCAAGACAUGAUGGCCGUGAGUCCAGUCUGGAAACACCUGUCUGAUAGACAGAUCACCAAUUCAAGCCUUUAAGAACUGCAUUCUUGAGUGUGUGUGUGUGUGUUGUGUAUGGGUAUGCCUUUUCCUUUGUUUCCAAAGGAGGAGAACCGUGUGAGAGAACUUGUUGAAGAGGCAGUGAGCUCCGACACCCUGGACUGAGCACUUUACGUAUAUUUCUCCCAGGUCGUGCGGCGUCUCGUGUUUGCACGCUUGGUUGGACUCCUAAAGGAGGCACAGGCUGGUACUGGCAGACUGGUAGCAGCAGGAGUUCUCCGGGCCCGUGUCUUUCCCUCUCUGUCACCUGCUGUCCUUGGGCUUACUUGAAGAGGAUAGCUCAUUCACUGGUCUCCUUGUGAGAUCAGCACUUCAACUUUGAGCCAGAGCUGUCAUCUCGCGACUCCCCAGCGACUGUCGUUCUCAGCCUGUCCGACCGCCAUCCACGGUCUUUUCUUCAUGUCGCUCCCCUGUGCUCUCUGGACAGCAGGUGGAUGCUUUCUCUGCACUCCUUUUUCUCAAGAAACUCCCGAAUGCUUCUGUGUGGGGAAGCGGCCAAAUUGGAUGUUCACAUAAUUGCGUAUCUAUUUUCCCAUUGGAAUCCUACACCCUGCGUUUGCUUGAGCUCUUCUACACGGCGAAGCUGAUUCUGCCCAGGACUGUCUGUGAAUCUGAGGGGCACGGUGGGUUAGGCAGUGAUUGGGCUGCUUCGGGGAAGGAAGGAAGAAGAGGCUCUGUGCUCCAUCAAGAUUCACAGCCCUAGAAACCCUAUGUGGUCCCUGUGGGUCAGGAUCGACUUGAUGGGUUGGGUUUUAUUUGGAUCAAAGUUUGUUUUGAUGGUGUGAGAUGUGAACCUGCUAGGUUGUGGACUGUUUCUGACAGUCCCUUUUUUCCCAUCGCCUAUUUGUGUCUGUGGAGGACAAUAAAAUAGAACCCCCUGCA